AUGGCCGAGGCGAAGUUCCGCUGCAUUAAGUUGGCCAACAACUUGGCCAGAGGGAAUGGCAAAAAGUUUAUUAGUUGCCAGCUAUCCAAGCCAAUUGAAGACGAGGGCAACCAUGGCAACGAUGAGACUCGCCUAUUCAUUCUCUCCUCGCUGGCCCAAUCCCAGAUGAGCCGGGUGGCCUGCAUUUUGUGCGAGGAGCCGCUGCUCGUAUUCGAUCGCUAUCCACUGGUCGAUGGCUCCUUCUUCCUGAGUCCCAAGCAGCAUUCCAGCGGCUGCAUUGAGGUUAAAUACGAGGGACGCACUCUCUACUUGACCUGUGUUUGCAUGAGCUGUUUGGACGGAACCUCCAGCAGCCGCGUCAUCAACUGCAGAUUCUGCAAGGAGCCGUGGGAUGGCUCGAGCCUGGUCUUGGGCACCAUGUACGCCUACGACAUCUUUGCGGCCAUGCCCUGCUGUUCCGAGAGGUUCAAGUGCAAUAACUGCUUCAAAAUGCUGAUGCAUCCGCAGCAGCGUCUGAGCUUCUACAGUGACUACUCGCACGGGGUGACCUGUCCGUACUGCAACACGCAGGACACGCACUUCGUGAAGCCGCUGAGCUUCUGCUACGCCAAGAGCCCGGCGACGCGGCUGCCGACGCUCGCAUAACAUGAGGC